AUGAUUUUACCACCAAUCAACUUUCCAAAGUGGUUAGAAGAAAAUGGUAUCAAACUUGAGCCACCAGUGAAUAAUGCUGUACUUUUUAAGGGAAAUGAUACCAUCAUCAUGAUCGUAGGUGGACCUAACAAGAGAACAGACUAUCAUGUGAACGAAACAGAGGAAUUCUUUUACCAAGUCAAAGGAAAUCUGUUGAUCAAAGUGGUUGAGAAUGGUGAAUUUAAAGAUAUUCAUGUUAACGAAGGAGACAUGUUUUUACUUCCUCCCAAAGUUCCACAUAAUCCUAUUCGAUAUGCAAAUACAAUAGGCAUCGUUGUUGAAAGAGUGAGGUUGCCUCAUCAUAUAGAUUCUUUAAGAUGGUACUGUGAAAAUAUAGAUUGUAGAGAAAUUGUCUAUGAAGAAAGAUUCCAUUGUGUAGAUCUCGGCACACAAUUAAAGCCUAUCAUUGAAAAGUUCGCUGCUAGUCAGGAACUUCGAACAUGCAAAAAGUGUGGUCAUCUUAACUCUACCAAAUAA